CUUUCAUUGAUUUCUCUCUCUUUCUUCCUCCUCUCCUCUUCGUGUCUUGCCCUCCGGCAUCAGCGGCGGCGGAGUGGCGGGGUUGCGGCAUUGGGAGCUGACGUGGCCGCCGGAGGAGGAGCAAGGCGCGCGGCGCCGCCGGCCAUGUGGUGAUCUGGGGGGGCUUGAUCCCGCCGGAGUGGUUCUUGGGCUGAGAGUGCGGCGCCCAUGAACGGAGCAAGCUCCGGCGGCGGCGGCGGCGCCGGUGCCGGCGGGGAUGGGCCGUUGGUGUACCAGCGCUGGAAAGGGAACAAUGUGUUUGUUCUUCAGGGGAGGUUUAUAUUUGGACCCGAUGCAAGAUCCUUGUACGUCACCAUGUUCCUCAUCAUCGCGCCAGCGUCAAUCUUUUGUUUGUUCGUUGCCAAAGAACUGAUGAAUAACUUUUCUUAUGGUCUGGGAUUACCAGUAAUGAUUUCAGCAGUUGUGUUCACGGCAUAUGACUUGAGCCUUCUACUUCUCACUUCUGGUAGGGAUCCAGGUAUAAUACCUCGGAAUGCACACCCUCCAGAACCUGAAGGUUUGGAUGGCAAUGCAGAGGUUGGAUCUAACCAGACUCCACCAAUGCGUUUGCCCCGAGUGAAGGAUGUUGUUGUCAAUGGAAUCACUGUGAAGACAAAAUACUGUGAUACCUGCAUGCUGUACCGGCCUCCUCGUUGCUCCCAUUGCUCUAUCUGCAACAACUGCGUUGAACGUUUUGACCAUCACUGCCCAUGGGUUGGGCAAUGCAUAGGACUUAGGAAUUACAGGUUCUUUUAUAUGUUUGUCUUCUCAACAACUCUGCUCUGCCUCUACGUCUUUGGGUUCUGCUGGGUAUACAUUGUUAAGAUCAGAAACUCUGAGCAGAUAACAAUAUGGAAGGCUAUGGCAAAGACCCCUGCUUCUAUUGCUCUGCUAGUCUACACAUUUAUUGCCGUUUGGUUUGUUGGUGGCCUCUCUGUAUUUCACUUGUAUCUCAUGAGCACCAACCAGACAACAUAUGAGAACUUCAGGUAUCGGUAUGAUCAACGGGCCAACCCAUACAACAGGGGAGUCAUGGAGAACAUUAAAGAUAUAUUCUUCUCUGCAAUUCCUGCCUCCAAGAACAACUUCCGCGCCAGAGUCCCAGUUCCACAGGAGCAAGGUCUGAGGCCUCGCCCAACCAAUGGUUUCAUGAGUCCAAACAUGGGGAGAGCCGUCGGUGACAUUGAGAUGGGUAGAAAGCCGGUGGCAUGGGAUGAGCCAAGGAUGGCAGCCGAUAUCGGCGAUCUGGGAGCAGGCCUGGGCAACUUGUUGGAGGACAAGGAUGGCAGGUUUCGCAGUGCAUCUCCAGAUCUAAGCCGUGACGCCCUCGCAAUCGGAGGCCUGGAUGAUCAAGGAUCCUCAGUGAUGAACCCAGGGCGUACAAGCUGGGGAGUUGAGGCAGGUCGAUGAUGACAAUGUUUAGUUGCCCAUGUAUGCAGUUAUAGUGGAAGACUCAGGGAUUUUUAGUGCCGGCUUGUUGCUAAUUUGGUGUUUGGGUUGAGAUUUGAGGUCACUGAUGUUCUUAGGCCUAUGACCUUGGGUGGUUGUUUUCACAUUUCCAUUUCUCCUUUUAAUUUUCUGUUCCUCCUUAUUGUCCCUUGUAUUUCCUGUAUCAGUGGUUUGAAGCAGUUGGUUGGUUGUGAGGUAUCCAGAUUAGUUCAGUUCUAAUUGUGUAUGUAUAUAGCUAGAGCACUGAACUUAAAGGGAUUGUUUUACUUGGCUUUGAUGAAUGAUUGUGAACAAGAUUGUAUUUUGCAGUGGACAAACGCCACUCACUUGAGCUGCCAUUCCAAGCUUAAACCUGUUGGUUUCGUAA